AUGGCUUCCCCCCCGGCGGAGGCGGUGCUGCUGCUGGAGCCUCGCUACGUCUGCUCCGAAUGCUCCCAGCUUUCUCCAUCGCUGGAGGCCGCCCUGCUGCACCAUCAGAGCCACCUGACGGCCGGGGGGGGCGCAGCCGCAGCCCCCCAAACCCGCCUGGAGCUGCUGGGUUUACCGGGGGGGGACCUUUUGGCCGUGCCGGAAAGCAGCCAUUACCAAUGCUUGGAAUGCGGGCAGCUGCUGCUGUCGCCGGGGCAGCUGUUGGAGCACCAGGAGCUGCACCUGGAACCCAGCGCCAAAAGCCAGCAGCAGCAAGCGGCGCCGGGAGCCGCCAAACCCCACCUGGUCCCCAAUCAGAUCCACUACGAGUGCGUGGAGUGCGGCGCCCUGUUCGGCGGCCAGGACGCUUGGUUGGCGCAUCGGCAGAGCCACCGCCACGGCCACGGCAGCGCCGGCACCGCGGCCGCCGUCGUCCCCAACGCCAGGGUGGACGUGGAGCAUUCGUACCGCAAGCCGGAGGACGAGGAGGAGGAGCUGGCGGCCGGCGUGCAGCUGCUGCUUUACGAGUGCGCCCAGUGCCUGCAGCUCUUCCACAGCCCUAAGGACGUGCUGGAGCACCAAGCCGGCUGCCGGCUGCCGCCGUCGGAUCACAGCUACGAGGUGAAAGCCGACGGUGAUGGCGAGGAGCGCAACCGGCGCCGGGCGCCGACCGAGCAGCGCUGCUCCGAGUGCCAGCAGCUCUUCGCGUCGCCGCGCCGCCUGCAGCGCCACCUGCGCUGCCAUCGCCUGGGCGCCUUCCAGUGCCCGCUGUGCAGCAAGGUGCUGCCGACGCCGGCGGCUUUGGAGCAGCACGUGGCCGGGCACAGCGCCGAGUCGCAUUUCUUGUGCUUGGAUUGCGGGUUGGCUUUCGAUACGGAGGCGGUGCUGCUGGCGCAUCGGCGCACGCACGGGGCCGAGGCGCUGCAUCGCUGCGGCUGCGGGAAGGCGUUCGUCAACAUGACCAAGUUCCUGUACCAUCGGCGCACGCACGGCGCGCUCGGCGGAGCUGCCGGCAACGGGGGCAAAGCGGGGCCCGAGGAUUUGGUGCUGAGCGACGGCGGCGGCGGAGGAGGAGGGGAUGGGAGCGUGGGGGAGGCCGUGGUGGCU